AUGUCGCAGGACAGGGCCCAGGCCCAGAAAGGUCCCACCGACACCCAUCAACCUCUUUCCCAGCCUGCUCAUAGCCUCACCUAUGACGAUGUCAUCCGUGAACUCGGUACUAGCUUUGAUAAUGGUCUGACGACAACAGAGGCCAAAGAACGUCUGGGGAAAUAUGGCGAGAACAAGCUGCAGGGAGAUGAAGGCGUCUCCCUGGCGAAGAUUGUCAUUCGACAGAUCGCCAAUGCUAUGAUGCUGGUUCUUAUCAUCGCCAUGGCUGUCAGUUUCGGCAUCAAGUCCUGGAUUGAAGGAGGAUUCAUCGCCGCGGUCAUUGGGUUGAACAUCGUUGUCGGUGUUUACCAGGACUACGCAGCGGAGAAGACUAUGGACUCUCUUCGUUCCCUUAGUUCACCUACUGGUGUCGUUACACGUGACGGCAAAACAUCUACCAUUCCAUCCAACGACAUUGUCCCCGGUGAUAUGGUCGAACUGAAAGUGGGAGACACCGUUCCUGCUGAUGUCCGACUAGUUGAAGCAUUCAAUUUCGAAACCGACGAAGCCCUUCUAACCGGCGAGUCUCUCCCGGUCCUCAAGGACGGUGACGCUACCUUUGAAGUCGAUACCGGGCCUGGUGACAGACUCAACAUCGCUUACAGCUCAUCAACGGUGACCCGAGGACGUGCACGUGGUGUCGUCAUCGCAACUGGAAUGAAAACUGAGAUCGGAGCUAUUGCCGAAGCCCUUCGUGGAGGCGAUUCGAAGCGUCGCCCGGUUAAACGUGGGCCGCAAGGCGAGACCAAGAAAAGAUGGUAUAUCCAGGCUUGGACAUUGACCACCACGGAUGCUAUCGGACGGUUCCUGGGUACCAACGUGGGUACACCUUUGCAGCAGAAAUUGUCGAAGUUGGCGCUCCUUCUGUUUGGCAUUGCGGUCAUCUUUGCGAUUGUCGUGGCCGGGUCGAACCAAUGGCGCGGUGUUAGCGAGGUCAUCAUUUAUGCAGUCGCCACGGGUCUAGCCAUGAUUCCAGCCUGUUUGGUGGUUGUGUUGACAAUUACCAUGGCCGUUGGAACGAAGCAGAUGGUGAAGCGCAACGUUAUUGUCCGCAAACUGGAUUCUCUGGAGGCCCUCGGUGCCGUGACCAACAUUUGCUCGGACAAGACUGGCACUCUGACCCAAGGCCGCAUGGUAGCAAAGAGGGCGUGGAUUCCGUCGCUUGGAACUUAUUCAGUUGGUGCUUCGAGCGAGCCUCUCAAUCCUAAUGAGGGCGAUUUAAGCUUGAUCCCUCAGGCGCCUCUCCACUUGAAGGAGGACACGACUGCCAACGCAUCGUCACCGGAUGACUUGCUGAAGGACAACACUGAGCUAAAGGACUUCCUCAAUGUCGCUUCCAUGGCUAAUCUGGCCCAUCUCCACCAAACCGAGAGCGAUGGGUGGCAAGCUCGUGGCGAACCCACCGACAUCGCCAUUCAGGUCUUCGCAUCUCGAUUCAACUGGGGGCUGGAUCGCUGGACCAAAGGCGAGAAGCCUAUCUGGCAUCAACGCGCCGAGUAUCCGUUUGACUCCAGUGUGAAGAAGAUGUCGGUUAUUUUCUCUAAGCGCGACGAGGAUUCGGGGGAGAAUUGCGAGAUGAUCUUCUCCAAGGGUGCUGUCGAGCGUGUUCUUGAGGCUUGCACCACCAUCAAAUGGAAGGCGGAUUCGGAGCCUGUGCCUAUUGACGAUGCUAUCAAGGAUGAGAUCUUGCAGAAUAUGGAAGCCUUGGCCUCCGAAGGUCUGCGUGUGCUUGCUCUGGCAGGCCGCGAGAACACUGCUGGCACUAAGGAAGGUGGCGAGCCUCUUCCCAGGGAGGAGGUUGAGAAGGACCUGUCUCUCUAUGGCUUGAUCGGCCUCUACGACCCUCCUCGCCCUGAAACCGCAGGAGCCAUUGCCCAAUGCUACAAGGCUGGUAUCUCCGUGCACAUGGUCACCGGUGACCAUGCCGGCACCGCGCGCGCAAUUGCCGCGCAAGUCGGAAUUAUCCCUUCGAACAUGGAUACGAUCGCCAAAGACGUUGCCGCUGCAAUGGUCAUGACCGCGACUGAAUUUGACAAACUGACCGAAGACGAGAUUGACGAUCUGCCUAUGCUCCCAUUGGUUAUUGCUCGCUGCGCGCCCAACACCAAGGUUCGCAUGAUCGAUGCACUCCACCGUCGCGGAUGCUUUGUCGCUAUGACUGGUGAUGGAGUCAACGACUCUCCGUCACUGAAGCGGGCUGAUGUCGGCAUUGCGAUGGGCCAGAAUGGCUCUGAUGUGGCCAAGGAUGCCUCCGAACUGGUUCUAUCGGAUGAUAACUUUGCUUCGAUCAUCAACGGUAUUGAAGAGGGUCGCCGCAUUUUCGACAAUAUCCAGAAGUUCGUUCUGCAUCUUCUUGCGGAAAACGUCGCCCUGGCUUUGACCUUGCUCAUUGGUUUGGCUUUCAAGGAUGAGAUCAACCAAUCUGUGUUCCCUAUUGCCCCUGUGGAAAUCAUCUGGAUUAUCAUGAUUACAUCUGGUCUCCCUGAUAUGGGUCUGGGAAUGGAAAUCGCUGCUCCAGAAGUCAUGGAUCGGCCACCUCAAAGUAAACAAGGUAUCUUCACCUGGGAAAUCAUCAUCGACACUCUCGUCUACGGAGUCUGGAUGGCGGCUCUCUGUCUAUCAGCCUUUGCCCUCGUUUUGUUCCGUUGGGGCAACGGGGAUCUCGGUACAGGUUGCAACACACAUUACAACGACCCGAGUAAACCCCACGACUGCGACACUGUGUUCCGGGCUCGCGCCACUACCUUCACCUGUAUGACCUGGUUUGCCCUGUUCCUCGCCUGGGAGAUGAUGCAUCUCCGCCGCAGCUUCUUCCAGAUGCAGCCCGAUUCAAAGAGACGCUAUACCCAGUGGAUGCAUGACAUCUGGCGCAAUAAGUUCCUCUUCUUCGGCAUCGUGGCUGGUUUCGUCCUUGCCUUCCCCAUCCUCUACAUCCCCGUCAUCAAUCACAGUGUCUUCAAGCACACCGGUAUCUCCUGGGAAUGGGGUAUUGUGUUCGUUGAGACUGUUCUUUUCUUCCUCGGCAUUGAGACUUGGAAGUGGUGCAAGCGGAUCUAUUUCCGUCGUCAGGACCGAAAGGCUGCUGCUCGGGGUGUGGAUCCCGCUGCCGAACGUCGCGGCCUGCCGGAUUUCAGCCGGUACACCACUAUGGACCGGUCUAGCACCGGGGCCAGUGAUCUGAAGGAUGAGCGAUCUAUGGUUUGA